AUGAACAGGGUCGCGUCGGACCGGUCCACAAGGAGGAAUGCGCUUGGUAGAAUUGCAAACACCCUGCCUCGCCAGAUCUACACCGCCGGAGAGCAAGAAUUUCUGAAAGAACUUGCAGAGAAGGAGUACACUCAACAGAGUACCGCCGAUUCGUUCCGUGGGGAUAUCCAGGUUUACGACGUGCUUCAUUCCACCUGCUUCCCCGUGGUGCUUUUGUCACUGGAGAACGUCAUCAUACCUUUCGAAGACAUUUCCGCGCGCGACAAGCUCGAGGACGACGCUGUCAGCAUGGCUCCUGGCGGGCGCGGCUCCGUGUAUACGGCAUCACGCAAACUGCUGGAACUCUCUAAGACGGAUAAGUUCUAUCUGUUCGUCCGAACGGAUGCUACGCGAGCGGACGGGGACAAAGAAAUAAGAUACAUUGGCGUGUACACUGCAAAAAACCCAGAGAUAAGGCUUAGCCAGGAGGGGUGGCAGAACCUGUCCGACAAGGAGAAGGAAAGUGUCGUCAAAUUCCACCUGGCUGAAGCUCAAACAGAGUCCCAGCAUUCUGCGGGUGUGGCCACCGAGACAUCUAUCCUAGAAGGGUAUCACCGAGGGUCGUUACAACUGUCUUUGUUCCUCUUUGAAGGCGACACUUUCAAUGGUUGGACUCUGGGCAAAAAUGAGUGGAAAUCCCUUAAGCGAAAGCAUCCUUUGAAUAAGUCUCCUGACAGUGGCUGCAAUCCAGUGGAAUGUUGUUUGAUGUGA